UCGCCGCUCAACUUUGGACGCGGCAACUCGUUCUUAAGGUUCCGUUAUAGCUUUUUUAAAUUCGAUUACGUUCGGUUUUUAGUAAAAGUGGCCCGUGGUUGAGUUUAAUCCUUACUAAAGUUGCACGGAUUUUUUUUUUGGUAGGAAACGAUUUGUUCAACAUCGUCUACCUUGCGAUAUAAUCUGGAUUGAAUCAUCUACGAACUCCUUACGCAAAACUCUUUAGUCAACAUAACCUCAAAAGUGACGCUGUCAUUUUGACGUUUACAACUUGGUGGUAAAUUCGUGAAGUAAACAAUAAACUAAAGGACUAUGCGGAUAGGAUUUUUAGAGAGAUAGCAUUAGAAAAUUACCGUUGCAACAUCUAUUUAUAAUGGCGUCUUGGAAGUCUUGUUUCUGGACAGUGUUUGUGCUGUGCCUAUUGGGGAAGAUAUCUGGAUUGGAUAAUGGAUUGGCUUUAACCCCACCGAUGGGAUGGUUAGCAUGGGAAAGGUUUAGAUGUAACACUGAUUGCAAAAAUGAUCCCGAUAACUGCAUAAGCGACCGUUUAUUCCGCACGAUGACAGACAUCCUCGUCAACGAAGGGUACGCGGCUGUCGGCUACGAGUAUGUGAACGUUGACGAUUGCUGGCCAGAACGGGAACGCGACGCUCGCGGCAGAUUGGUACCCGACAGGGAAAGGUUCCCGUACGGCAUGAAGAGUUUAUCUGAUUAUGUCCACAGCAAAGGUCUGAAGUUCGGGAUAUACGAAGACUACGGCAACUUCACGUGCGCCGGAUAUCCGGGCGUUGUCGGCCAUCUUGCCGGAGAUGCGGCAACGUUCGCGGCGUGGGAUGUAGACUACGUAAAGUUAGAUGGAUGUUACGCGCUGCCCGCGGACAUGGACCACGGCUAUCCCGCGUUCGGCCGCGAACUAAACCUCACCGGCAGACAGAUGGUCUACUCCUGCAGCUGGCCUGUCUACCAGAUAUACGCCGGGAUACAGCCCAACUUCACGUCAAUAAUCGAGCACUGCAACUUGUGGCGUAAUUUUGACGACAUUCAAGACUCGUGGGCGUCCGUCGAGUCUAUCAUAGACUACUACGGAAACCACCAGGAUGUGAUCGUACCUAACGCCGGGCCUGGACACUGGAACGACCCUGACAUGCUGAUCAUAGGAAACUUCGGUCUAUCGUACGAGCAGAGUAAAACUCAGUUCGCGAUCUGGGCGAUCCUCGCCGCGCCGCUGCUCAUGAGCGUGGACUUGCGCACAAUCAGGCCUGAGUACAAAGCCAUCUUACAGAAUAGGAAGAUCAUAGAUGUAGACCAGGAUCCUCUCGGGAUACAGGGCAGGAGGAUAUACAAGCACCGCGGUAUCGAGAUCUGGUCUCGUCCGAUAGUGCCUAUCCAGGGCCAGCACUACUCGUACGCGGUGGCGUUCCUCAACCGGCGCACGGACGGCACGCCCUCGGACGUCGCCGUCACUCUGCGCGAGCUCGGCCUCAACAACCCCGCGGGGUACAGGCUUGAGGACUUGUACGAGGAUGUGGACUACGGCGUGCUGUCCCCGCAGACCAAGAUCAAGGUGAAGGUGAACCCUUCAGGCGUUGUGAUACUCCGCGCGGACGCGCAGCCGUCGUUCGGGUACAACGCCAUCCCCUCGCGGACGACGUACUCGCCGCUCAACGACAUCUUUAGACUGACUAAGAAAUAACGCCCUCUAGCGGACACGCGUAAUACUUUGAGUCAAAAUCGUCAAGAUUUACAAGUACAAUCCAAUAAUAUGUCCAUCUUUAUUAACGUUUACAUUGUAAAUAAUAAAAUAUGUUAAUAGAUUUUCGAACCUUUUUACGUGAAUGUUUUUAUUAACUGAAAUAAAAGUAUUUUAGUGAUCUCUGGAUGAAAAUGUAAAAUUAAAAUUGCAAUUAGAUGUUGAAUUAUAAAUCUAUAUGCACGAGUCUAUUAUAUGAAUUUUAAUAUUUACAAUGUAAAUUAUCUGUUAAAUAUUAAAAAAAAAUCGGAAUUUUACAUUAUUAUUAAGAGAUGGACGAUCACAAUUCAUUUAAUUAAAGUAUUAAAACUAUUUUGCAUUCCCGCCGAUAUUGUUAGUUGCGUAAAUAACAAUCUUUUUUUAAUAGACAUAUUCCUUAUGAUUUAAAAUCUUUAAUUUGUAUUGUAAAAUCAUUUUUGUAAUUUCCAAUGGCAUAAUAUCUGUCCCUUGUACACAGUGAAUUUCGAUUAGCGAUAUUAUUACAAAUAAUAAUAAACAUGACAAAUAAUUUAUGAAAUAUUAUUGCAAUUUCCAUACAUUUCUAGCUGACCGCGCUUAAUGGAAGUCCUUUAUCUCUGCCUACCUUUUUUGGUUACUUUUUUGGUAGGAUUUUUUUUCAUGUUUAUGUGAUUGUCCAUCAUCUUAAGAAGAAUCUUUUAUGAAAUCUGUUUAAAAAAUCUGUUCUCUCUACUUUUUAGGUUACAAUUUAUUUAUACUUUAUUGUCAUUAGUGUUACAGACAGACUCUGUUCCAUAUAGAAACUUGAAUCUUGUAACAAAAGAGCAAGCGGCCACCCGAAUCCAUUGAAAUGGAAAGCGACCGCUGCCCAGACAUCCGCAAAUGCAGAUGCGUUGCC